AUGAGGUCCGGAAGGGCGAUCGGCACCUUCGUGGUGUGGGACUACGUGGUGUUCGCCGCCACGCUGCUCAUCUCGGCCCUCAUCGGCGUCUACUACGCCUGGGCGGGGGGCGGCCAGCGGACCCGCGAGGACUUCCUGAUGGGCGGGCGGAGCCUGUCGGCCGUGCCGGUGGCCCUGUCGCUGACGGCCAGCUUCAUGUCGGCCGUCACCGUGCUGGGGACCCCCGCCGAGGUCUACCGCUUCGGGGCCAUCUUCGCCGUCUUCGCCUUCACCUACGCCUCCGUGGUCCUCCUCAGCGCCGAGGUCUUCCUGCCCGUCUUCUACCGGCUGGGCAUCACCAGCACCUACGAGUACUUAGAACUUCGGUUUAAUAAAUAUGUGCGCCUUUGUGGUACAAUUCUCUUCAUUAUUCAAACAAUUCUGUAUACUGGAAUUGUUAUUUACGCCCCUGCCCUGGCCUUGAAUCAAGUCACAGGAUUUGACUUGUGGGGUGCUGUAGUUGCAACUGGGGUAGUUUGCACUUUCUACUGCACAAUGGGUGGUCUAAAAGCAGUUGUCUGGACAGAUGUCUUUCAAGUAGGAAUCAUGGUAGCUGGAUUUUCAUCUGUGAUCAUACGGGCUGUGGUGGUUCAAGGUGGAAUCAAUAAUAUUCUUAAUGAUUCCUAUAAUGGAGGAAGGUUAAACUUCUGGGACUUUAAUCCUAACCCUUUGCAGAGGCACACCUUCUGGACAAUCAUUAUAGGUGGAACCUUCACUUGGACUGGCAUUUAUGGAGUCAACCAAUCUCAAGUUCAGAGAUACAUUGCCUGUAAAAACAGGUUCCAAGCAAAACUCUCCCUGUAUAUAAAUCUCGUGGGUCUGUGGGCCAUUCUUGCCUGCGCGGUGCUUUCUGGACUUGCAAUGUACUCAAGGUACCAGGACUGUGAUCCUUGGACAGCAAAGAAGGUGUCGGCACCAGAUCAGCUUAUGCCCUACUUGGUUCUUGACAUUCUACAAGAUUUUCCAGGACUCCCGGGACUUUUUGUAGCAUGUGCUUACAGUGGAACACUGAGUACUGUAUCCUCCAGUAUCAAUGCAUUAGCUGCUGUAACUGUGGAAGAUCUUAUCAAACCUCACUUCACAUCCUUCUCUGAAAGAACUUUGUCUUGGUUUUCUAAAGGGACAAGUAUCUUGUACGGAGCAUUGUGCAUUGGCAUGGCAGCUUUGGCAUCACUCAUGGGAGCUUUGUUACAGGCGGCGCUCAGUAUUUUUGGCAUGGUUGGUGGGCCUCUUUUGGGCUUGUUUUCUCUAGGUAUUUUGGUCCCAUUUGCCAACUCUGUUGGUGCAUUUGUAGGUCUUAUUGCUGGAUUUACCAUUUCACUGUGGGUUGGAAUUGGAGCUCAGAUUUAUCCUCCCCUUCCGGAGAGAACUUUACCAUUACCCCUUUCAACGGCUGGCUGUAACAUGAGCAGUACAAACUGGACUACUCCAAUGCCAUUUCUAACAACCUCCUCUCAAAUUCCCGAUACAGAAAGAACUCCCCUGAUGGAUAACUGGUAUUCCCUGUCCUAUCUGUACUUCAGCACUCUUGGGACCUUGGUGACAGUAUUUGUGGGGGUUCUCAUCAGCCUUGCAACAGGGGGAACAAAACAGAACUUAGAUUCUAAAUACUUGCUAACUGCUGAAGACUUUCUAUCCAACUUCUCAUUUUGUAAAUCUGAUACAGAAGACCAAGUUUUGGACUUAAAAUCUCACACACUUGAAGUUGAAGGAACUGAUAAUCCCACUUUCAAUUAUGUUGAAACAAACUUCACAGAUGACAGAGGAAAAAUCAGUGGGACUCAUUUAUGAGGCAGAUCUUUAAACUGGUUGACUCGGCAUGAAUCUAUUUUUAUAUUUUUAUUGAAUGACGAACUUCAAUAUGGUUUUAUUUUUAAGUUUUUCAAGGAUAUAAGGAUUUCGAAUAAUGCAUCCAACUUUUCUUACUUCUUUUCACUCAUCCUGACCUCUGUCUGAAGCCAUCCUUCUGCAUAAAACUCAGGGAGAAAUUUUGUCAUGGGAUGACCCAGACACUGACCACUUGAGAUCCCCUUUCUCCCGAUUUUAGCACUUUCUGAGCUUUAAUUUAAUGAAGGUUAAACAGCAUAAAGAAAGAUGAUUUGUAUAAAAAUAUGACAUUACAACAAUAUCAGACUUUGACAGCCAAAAACAUUAACAUGUUGGAUAACUCCACACAUUUCAAAUUUUCUAGAGGAGGGAAUAACCUGCCUUUUUAAAGGAUUUUACAAUCGAGGAUUGAAGAUGAUGUCACAAAAAACCUGUGAUACAGGGGAGGAUCACUCUCUUCCAGGGUUAGGCAGCAUCUCAGCUGAUUGUCCUCCAUACCAGUAAAUCCUAGGACUAUAUCUGUGUCAUAUAAAAUUAAUAUUCUCCUGUCAACUUUCCAAGCUCUGCUCUUGUUUCUCUGAUUAUGUCUCCACCUGUCCUCUAAUAUUCAGCACAUCUAUCUUUUUAAGUCAUUCGUUUUUAUAACGUCUCCCACAUGGUCUUUUAAUAAACCCUGAACACACAUUGGAUCUUUCUAUAAAAGCAGAGCCAGGCUGCAGUCUCUGCUUAAACUGGAUCCAUUUCCAUGAUGCAAGACCAGUUAAUGGGACUUUUGGGGAUGUGGUGACAGGUUGUUUUACCUCAUAUAACGUUCCCUGAAAGUUGGGGUUAGGAGAGAGCUGGAAGUGAGGAUCUGAUUGCUGCUUCUCUACCUACUCUCAGAAGUGAAAGUUGACCCAUUAACCUCCUAAAAUUUGCAUGAUAUACUGUUGAAUUAGUCCUAUAAGAAGCAUAACAACAUCUCUACAUCAUGAAGCCCCAUCUCCAAUCCACUUUUAGUAAAGGUACUCAGCUAUCCAUUAGAAUACGUCAAUAGUAAAUACAAAAUAUUAGCUAUUAGGGUUGCUCAUAGUGAAAUCCAUCCAUCUUAUAGUAUUUUAUUUCCCUCUGCCAAGUAUCAUGCUCUUUUGGAAGACACGAUCUUUUGAAUGUAUACGCUAAAUAUUGAAUUUUUGGAUUGUAAUGAUCCAAGAAAAUAUCUGUAAUCCAAAAUGGAUAUCCUCUUGGUAGUCAUGUGUUUCUAUUUCAUAUAAUGAGGAUGAAUUAUUUGAAAUCCCCACUAGAGGUUUUUUUAAUUUGGAGAAUGAGGGGAUUUCUGAUGCCCUUGUUUAUUUUUGAGGAUUUUGUUUUUUAAUUCAGGAAAAAUUUCAUUUCUACAUAAAAAACUACUUUGUAAUUUUUUUGUAAAUCCCUCUGAAUUUUAUAAAUAUGCUUCUGCCUACUGCUAAAGAAUUUCAUAAGGAGGCUUGAACUUGCUUAACUUAGUAGUACAUCUUAUUUUUCCUUGCAAAGACUAUAUUACAGAAUUUUAACUAUUCUUCCAACGUUUGUAUGAGACAUUUCGGGAGUUUUCUAAAUUACAUUUAUUGGAAAUAUUUGAAAAAUAUGAAUUUAAAUAUAUUUUAUACAUAUUUUAGAAGUAUUUAAGGAAAUAACUGGUUCUUAGCUCAAACUAUUUUUAUUCUAGUUAAUUGCACUAUUAUAUUCUCAAUCAGAUGAGGAAAUAAGGAUUAUUGAAAACAAAGAUCUCCAUUAUAUGAUAGAGCAAUUAUUUCAUAUAACACUGAAUAAUUGUUCCCUAAGCAAGACGUUGACAUUGUAUAGCUAUAUGAUAAUUUUUGAGUUUUAAGAUAUGAAGCUGUAGUUUUAUAUGUUGCAGUAUAUCGAACUUGGCCUAAUGCAUCAUAACACAUAUUGUUUCAUAAUUCUAAAUGUCCAUCCAUGCCUUGCAUUCAGAGGCCUUAGCUUGUGCUGUUAUAAUCUAUACAGAUGUGCAAUGGUAUCCUUCUGUGAGUAAAAGCAGGGAAUCAAUCAAUUGUAUUUAUUGAGCGCUUACUGUGUGUAGAGCACUGUACUAAGCGCUUGGGAAGUACAAGUUGGCAACAUAAGGGGAAGGGGAGGGAGUGCAAGGAAACUCCAGAAUACAGUACAAGGGUAUACAUAAAAUGCCCUCAGUUCUGUUCCCUUAAAAGCCUCUUUUAGAAGCAGUGUAGUCUAACAGGGUUCUAACCACUGUUCUACCACUUGACUGUUGUGUGACCAUGGGCAAAUCACUUCACUUCUCUGUACCUCAGUUACCUCAUCUGUA